UAAAGCUAGAUAUUGCAAUCCUGCAUUGAACUUUGAGCUACUAUGAAAUAGAUUAUGAUUAUAAACGAAACGAGUCGAGAAUCGAGGCUGAGAGUAGUGUGUGGUAAAGUAAAGUCGAGAAUGCGCGUACACGCUGCGCACGCGCGCCUCUUGAGCUAUUGAAUUCGAGCUCCGCGCGGGAAAUAAAAUAGUUGUGAUAAAUUGUAACCUUUAGAUUCUGGGCAAUAUGGCUUCCCGAGCCAUAUGGCUACAGGCUGGUGUGCUGCUCCUCGCCGCAUCCCUUUCUCACACCCUCACGUAUGAUGAAGAAGCAACCAACGAUGCCAUAGCAGCCUCAGCUGGUGGCACCGAGGUGGCCAUCACUCUCCGAGGGCCGCGCGGAGGCCAGGGUCGGGAGGAGAUUCUCCACGUCAAGGACACCAGCGACCAUGUUGUCUCCAUGUUCUACAACAGCAAGAAUAAUAAGGUAUUCCUGGAGAGCCUCAACGGUGGUCACCUCAAGUCAGUCUCGUGGGUUGUGAGCCACCACACCCACCUGGUGCUGGUGGUUACCCACAACCGCGUGAGGUUGCACGAUGGCUGCAAGCCGUUGCGUUGGCACACGCUGUCAGGGAAACACGAUGUGCUGAAGAUGCUGGCUAGUAGGAAGAUUAAAUUGUAUCACGAAGAAAACGCCUCCAUCGAAGUCUACGACAGCGAACGCGCCGCUCUCGACUCCAUCAAGUGUUACGAAGAGAUGCAUCCAUCUGUUGUCUCCGUGGACUCCGACGUGGAGGAAGUGAGAGACUUCAUCAAGAAGGAGGAGAAGAUUAAAAAUGAGGAGAGAGAGAUUACGAAGAAGAGAGAGAUGGAGGAGAGUGAGAUGCAGGGAGACGACUACAGGAUGAACUAUAUAGAUCCGAAUAUAAGGCCGCAGACGACGACGCCGCAGCGAGGAGACGUGCCGGCUGUUGAUAUUGAAUCUUGUGAUGACGAAGUGAUCCGCCAGCUCAAACUACUGCGUCAAACGGUGGAACUGCUGCGUCGGGAGCUUGGAGACCAGAAGAACGCUCUGCUGGCCUGCUGCAACAGGCCCGCGCCGCAGCCCGAGAGAUGCUCUUCCUCAUCAUGCUACCCUGGUGUGGAGUGCCGCAACACGGCAGGUGGACCGGAGUGCGGGAGCUGUCCUCACGGCAUGGAGGGUGAUGGUAGACGCUGCAGACCCAAACUGUGCAACACCAGGCCUUGCUCACAAGCGGAGUACUGCAUAGACACAGCAGAGGGUUACCGCUGCCAGCGCUGCCCGGGCAGACAGACCAGCGACGGCCAGACCUGUCAAACCGCUUGCUCCUCCAACCCUUGUUUCGGCGGACGUGUGCAGUGUCAGGAUAUGCCGGACGGGCGGUUCCGGUGUGGCGCGUGUCCGGCCGGCUUCACCGGUAACGGACAGGACUGCGAGCGCAUCUCGUGCAGACACACCUCCUGCUAUCAAGGAGUUCAAUGUCAAGAGACCUCGGCUGGUCCCCGAUGCGGAUCCUGCCCCAAUGGCUUCCGAGGCGAUGGUCGACGGUGCCAACACAUCUGCGAGACCAACUCGCCGUGUGGCAACCGUCGCUGCUCGCCCAGCGCCAGCAGCCCCUUCUACGAGUGCGAGGGCUGCCCUGAGGGAUAUGAGUGGAAUGGUUACUCGUGCGUGGACAUGGACGAGUGUGACCUCGUGCGUCCGUGCGACGAGCUGGUGUCGUGCCGUAACGUGGAGGGCGGGUUCGAGUGCGGGCCGUGCCCCCCGGGGUACAGCGGCGAGGCGUGGCGCGGGGCCGGCCGGGCGCAGCGCCAGAGAUGCCGGGAUAUCGACGAGUGCGAACGACCGAAUAUCUGCCCGAGGAACAGGCUCUGUGUUAAUACACCCGGCUCCUACACGUGCGUGCCGUGCGGCGGGCACUACUACGUGAACACGUCGCGGCCCUGCAUCGACUCCGACUCGCUGCUCAAGCGCUGCGACCCCGAGCGCUGCCGCCGGUACAACGCCGUGUGCGGGUACGGUCAGCGAUGCGUUUGCGCGCCGGGCUGGGCAGGCAAUGGCACCGUAUGCGGUCCCGACACGGACAUGGACGGAUAUCCGGACGACCAGCUGCCCUGCAACGAGAGGAGAUGCUCCGCUGACAACUGCCCCCACGUCUCCAACUCUGGACAGGAAGAUGCUGAUGGGGACGGCAUUGGUGACUCCUGUGAUCCGGAUGCCGAUGGCGAUGGGAUUCCUAAUAUACCGGACAACUGCCCACUAAUCGCCAACCCUGACCAACUGGACCGCGACGAGGACCGCAGCGACAAACGCGGCGACGCCUGCGACAACUGCCCCUCGCGGUUCAACCCCGGCCAGGAGGACGCUGACCGUGACGGCAUGGGCGACGCCUGUGAUCCCGAUAUGGAUAAUGAUGGUAUACCCAACGAGGAGGACAACUGCCCCCGCAACUACAACCCGCAGCAGGAGGACGCGGACGGCGACGGCGCCGGCGACGCGUGCGACAACUGCCCGCGCGUGCGCAACGCCGGCCAGGACGACGCCGACCGCGACGGCGUGGGCGACGCCUGCGACAGCGACGUCGACCGCGAUCAGGACGGCAUCCAAGACGGCAUAGACAAUUGCCCGAACCUUGCGAACAGCGACCAGCAGGACGUCGACAGCGACGGCCGCGGCGACGCCUGCGACGACGACAUCGAUGGAGACAACAUACCCAACCUUGAAGACAACUGCCCGCUGGUGUAUAAUCCCAACCAGCUGGACUCCAACGGUGACGGUGAAGGCGACGUGUGCGACAACGACUUCGAUGGCGACAACGUGACCAACGCGCUCGACAACUGCCCCAACAACUCAAAGAUAUUCCGUACUGACUUCAGGAACUACAUGACUGUCCGCCUGGACCCCGAAGGUGAUUCCCAGCAGGACCCCAACUGGGAGAUCGCGAACGAGGGCGCCGAGAUCCUGCAGACGCUCAACUCCGACCCCGGGUUAGCUGUUGGCUUCGACAGCUUCGGCGGCGUGGACUUCGAGGGUACGCUGUUCGUGGAUACCCAGAUAGAUGAUGAUUACGUUGGGUUUAUAUUCGGGUACCAGAACAACAAGCGGUUCUACGUGGUGAUGUGGAAGAAGGAGUUGCAGACGUACUGGCAGACGACGCCGUUCCGAGCGGUAGCUGACCCUGGGAUACAACUCAAGCUGGUCAACUCCAAGACCGGCCCAGGCAAGAUACUGAGGAACGCUCUGUGGCACUCCAACACGACGCAGGAUGAGGUGUCCCUGCUAUGGAAGGACCCGCGCAACGUGGGAUGGCGCGAGAAGACCGCCUACCGCUGGCGGCUGCUGCACAGACCGCGCAUCGGACUCAUACGACUCAAGGUGUACGAGAACAACCGCCUGGUGGCGGACUCGGGUAACGUGUACGACCUGACGCUGAAGGGCGGCCGGCUCGGCGUGUUCUGCUUCUCGCAGGAGAUGAUCAUCUGGUCCAACCUGGUCUACAGGUGUAACGACAAAAUCCCAACAAACAUAGUCCCGGAGCUGCCGCCGCGGCUGCACAAGAAGGUGGACGUCGACCACGACUUCGUCUACGUGUGACGGAUCUUAGACUAUACUAAUAUCACUAAUUACUCGUUGUAAGAUAAAUAUACAAUAUAACAUACGUUUUAAUAACUGUU